AAGGCAAACUGAAAGAAAUCACAAACUUACCAGCCCUAAAUCCUAAAAACUUCGAGCAUCCCAAAAACCCAACUCCAUACAACAAAACCUCAUAGCUGCUUUUGAUUGAUCAUGGACCAUGGAAACAUUCAAUAAAUCUUCGUCAAUUUCAUCUGGCUACGAUCGUGCUUGAAUAGCUUGGGUUAUUCCGUGUGUUUUGUAGUCAUAUGGGUAAGAAUAAGGGGGGGAGGCCGGGUCCUUUCAGGAAACGACCUGGGCCUCCUGGCGUCCAAUUUGAGAGAAAUGGGGGUGGCUUCAAAAGAAGUAAAAGGUUUGAUUCUGGUUUUGAACAAGAUUUUGCAAUUCCAAGUGGGGAGGAAGAGACAGUAUAUCGGCUUCUUUGUCCGAUCAGAAAGAUUGGUAGUGUUAUAGGAAAGGGUGGAGGCAUAAUUAAGGCUAUGAGAGAAGAGACAGGAGCGAAGAUUAAGGUUGAUGAAGCUAUUGCUGGGUCUGAUGAGAGAGUAAUUAUUAUUUUUAGCCCUGCGGCAAAAAAACCUAGGGCCCUUGAUACUACGGAGGAGCGAGAUAAUCCUGAGAAUGAUGUUCAUGUUGAAAAAGAACUUGAGGAAAUGGAGCCACAUUGUUCAGCCCAAGAUGCUCUAUUGAAAGUUCAUCAGAGGAUUGCUGAAGACGAUGAGCUAUAUGGUGGCAAGGAGCAUGACGAAAAUAAUGAGGACGAUGUUGUUAUGGCGCGCCUUCUUGUUCCAAGCAAUCAAGUAGGGUGUCUCUUAGGUAAAGGCGGGCAUAUAAUUCAGAAGUUGAGAACUGAUACUGGUGCAAAUAUUCGUAUUCUCCCUACAGACCACCUUCCAACUUGUGCAAUGCCUACUGAUGAAUUAGUGCAGAUAUCUGGAAUAUCAGCUAUAGCAAAGAGGGCUCUUUACGACAUUUCAACUAUGCUGCACCAGAAUCCGCGCCCGCCAAUGAAUACUGGUGGGGUCGGUUUUUACCCCCCUGGUCCUCCCAUGGGAAAUAUGAUGCCACAAGGGAACCCACCAUGGUCUCAACGGAAUGCUGGGCCACAUGGUCCUCCACCGCUGCCUUGGGAUGGGGGAUAUGGGAAGGAACCAUCUGGGUUUGGACGAGGUGGUUUCAGUGGCAUGUCCUCAGGAAAUAAUGGAAUAGCGUCAGAUGAGUUUUCCAUGAAAAUUUUGUGCUCGUCUGAUAAAAUUGGUGGGGUUAUUGGCAAGGGAGGCACUAAUGUAAAGCAGGUCCAACAAGAAACAGGGGCUAGCAUUCAUGUAUUAGAUACAUCACCAGAUGCAGAUGAACGUGUGAUUCUUGUCUCAUCAAUAGAAGCUGCGUGGGACCCAAGAUCACCAACUAUUGAAGCUAUUCUUCAUCUUCAAAGUAAGACGAACGAAAUGUCUGAGAAAGGUAAUUUUACGACGAGACUUCUUGUUCCAUCAAGCAAGGUCGGAUGCCUCCUUGGGCAAGGAGGUCAUAUAAUUACUGACAUGAGAAGGCGAAGCAGAGCGGAUAUACGUAUCAUCUCCAAGGAUGGGAAGCCUAAUUGUGCAUCUCCAGAUGAAGAGCUUGUACAGAUAUCUGGAAAUAUGAAUGUUGCUAGAGAUGCAUUGUCGGAAAUUGCAUCAAGACUUAGAGCUAGAAGUCUUGAAGGUACACGUGCAUCUGCUGAACCUGUUCCUCCUGCAAGGCCUUCCAACAGAUUUGGUCCUUCAGAGAGCUUCUUUGAAAGAGGACCACCACCAUCUGGCAGGAUAGGAUCUGGAAGUUCUGGUGGAUAUGGACAUGCUCAGGUCGCUGCACACGAAUAUGACAAUUAUCCAGUCCGUCCGCCUGCUACAGCUGGAUACCCAAACAUAAGCCACUCUAUGGAGAUCAAGAUUCCAAAUGCUGCAGUUAGUGCUGUCCUUGCUGCUGGGGGAAGCAACAUUACUAAUAUUGGCCAGAUGUCAGGAGCUAAAGUGAAGUUGAAUGACCAGUCGGGUGGUUCGGAAUGUGUUGUUGAGAUCCAGGGGUCUUCCGAGCAAAUGGAUGCAGCACAAAAUCUUCUUCAAGCCUACAUUGCAUCUGCCAUACAAAGCCUCAGUUCUCACCAGCAUCAAGUCCCUCAUCAACAAGGUGGCACCCCUUAUCAACAAGCCCCUGUACAAGCCUCCCAGCAAGGUGGUACUUACCAACAAGCUUCUCAGCAAGGCGGGCCUUAUCAGCAAGCCUCUCAACAAAGUGCGCCUUACCAGCAAACGUCGCACCCAGGCGGGUCUUACCAGCGAACGUCGCACCCAGGCGGGUCUUACCAGCAAACGUCACAGCAAGGCGGGUCUUACCAACAACAAACCUCACAGCAAGGCGGGUCUUACCAGCAAUCGCAAGGUGGGCAUUACCAACCAGUUUCACAGCAAGCCGGGCAUUACCAACAAGCCUCACAGCUAAGCCCUAUACAAGGUCACUACCAACAAGCGCCACAAUCAAACCCUAAUCAAGGCUCUUACGAGCAAGCCUCGCAGUUAAGCCCGAUUCAAGUCCCAUACCAACAAACCUCUCAACAGCUGAGCCCUAUUCAUGGCACUUAUCAACCAGCCUCACAACUAAGCCCUAUACCGGGCUCUUACCAACAAGCUCCUCAGCAAGGUUCUUUGCAACAAGUGACUUACCAGCAAGGCCCUUUCAAAUACUAAGUUUGUCUUAGGCGAUUUUUGUAACAUAUGAUAUCCAGAAUCAGUGGCAGACCACAUAGGUACCACCAGCAGAGGCAGUUACAUGAACAGUUCCGAACAUUCUUCAAUUUUCGUGGAACUUCAGGUAUCAUAUCUUAUUAUGAAACACCCAUCCUAAUGAAAAUUUAUGACAUGGGGUUGAAGCUUUAUGACGAUAAUUAUGUACUUAUAUUUUUUUGGAGAUUCGCCUAGGAAGGAAAAGGAAAUCAACAGUGAGUUACACCCAUUCUGAGAAUAUGAAGCAGGGUGUUCUAGGACUAUAGUGAAUCGGUUUCCUAGGUCAGUUUCAAAGGUGUCCAUGUAACAUUUAGCUUUUCAAUUUAUAUUGUAGUCAUUUCUAUUUCCCUUCAUCAGAUUGGUUGUUUGUUUUUGUGAACUUUGAGCUGUCUGAGCAGUUUAUUUGACUAAGAAAGAAAAUGGCUUCAGUUGUCUUGGCUGAGGGUUACUCUGAA